AGAGAGAGAGAGAGAAGGAACCUAAUCUACGAGCGAAUCUACCUACCUAACUGCUUGUGUUGUUUAUUUUCACCGGAUAUAGCUUUCCUUUGCGCUUGGAAGGAUUUAAGCUUCGUUUUCUUCCUUCUGAGGGUGGAUUGAUUUGGUUUUCGUGGAGGGUUUUGUGUUGUGUUGUUUCUGAAGAUGUUGGUAGCUAAUAGUUUCGAUCUAUGGCGAAAGGACGCCUUCUUCUCUGCAGCUGAAGAGGUGCAGGAAUCAGCUGAUAUAAUGGAAUCUACAUAUAGGGCAUGGUUAAGAGAGAAGAGAGAAAGAUCAACACCUGAGGAAUUUUAUGAACUGAGUAGAGAGCUGCAAACUACUUUGGGUACUGCAAAAUGGCAGUUGGAAGAAUUUGAGAAAGCUGUCCAGCUAAGCUACCGACAUGGUGACGACACUACAACCACCAGGCAUAGGCAGUUUAUUUAUGCCAUUGAAAGCCAAAUUUCACAGGUUGAAACAGCGCUGAGGGAAUCUUACUCUGAGGAAGGUAAGCAACCGCUUCGGUGGGUAAACCUUGAUGAAGAAGAGAGAGAUGAUUUGGCUGCAUUUCUAUCCGGAACUUCUCAGACCAUACAAAACAAUAAGGAUGAAUGCCUACAGGGUACAUCUUCCUCGAAAAGCUCAUUUUUGGAGAGACAAGGCAACAUUGAAGAUAAGAAUCUAAAUGCAAAUGCUGCUGCCUUCAAGUGGGAUAUCAUUGAUAGUGAAAAGGCUUCGAAGGAUGUUAUUGCUGUUAAGAGAGAUGCAGAUUAUGCAAUAGAAAUAAAAACAGAUGCUGUUUCUAGAGAUAGUGAUGACAUAGUUUCUCAGACAGAUAGAACAAGUAGUACAAGGAAGACAUGGAGUUCACCAGGAUAUGGUGCUUUGAAAAUUGUAAUUGCCAAUGAAGAUGUACAGAGAACUAAACCUGCAUGGACCGUCGAUGCAGCUCCGAAAGGGAGAGGAUUCAGAUCUCUCUUCUGGAAACAAAAAUGUGAAGAACCUCAGGCCAUGCGGACAGGUCUUAGGUUCAAUCAGCUUUUUGGGCGUAUUGGUUUGAGUCACAGACAAUUUCAAAGUCCCCUGCAACUUCGACAAGGUUGUUCUGUUCAAGUUAAACUUGCUCUAUUGUUGACCAUUUUUCUCAUUGUUCCCUUUGUGCUUUAUUCAAGUUGAGUUAAACAGCUGCUUCAAGCAACCAGUUCAAGAGGGCUUUACUCGUCCUCAUGAAUCAUAAGGAGGGUCACUAUUGUCUGUCGGCCCAGUUUGAUAAGAUAAUUGUCCCGAGACAAAAUAGUAAUACAGAGAAUAUGUGGGAUUCAAUAAGCCAAUUAGCCAAGUCUGUUCAAUGGGGCAGCAGAGUCAGUGUAGUCUUCUCCUGUUUUGUGGUUGUUGAGUUGAGAUUAAACCAACCAAUGUGUGGAUACUCAUAGGAUAAGGAUAACAAAACUCCAUGCUACAUGGAUUAGAGGAGUUCCUACUAAAUCAUAUCGUAUCAAAUGUAUAUACAUUCAUCUUAUAUUUAAUGCAAGUUCCACACUGUUUCUCCCUCCCACUUA